UGUAUUGUAUGCGGGUAAUUGAAUCAGUUGACAUAAGCGUUAAAUCAUUUGUUUGGUGGACACUCAAUUGAAUAACACUUGUUUGUGUCACUGCGUUUUGAAGUAUAGUGAUAAAAAAUUGAAGCAAUAAAAUGUUCAAAGUUCUUCUUUGUUUCCUCGCACUUUCGAGUAUUGAUUACGGUUACGGUUUAGCUGAGUUUGGAGCAAAUGAAUCACUUCCAGUUGUAAUGUGGCACGGAAUGGGAGAUACAUGUUGUUUUUCGUUCAGCUUGGGGUCAUUUCGUACAUUCUUAAUUGAUAUUCUCGGAUCGAAUACGUAUGUCAAGUCUAUUAGAAUCGGUAACAAUGUUGUUGAAGACUACGAAAGCGGAUACUUUGUGCAUCCAAACAAACAGAUUGACGACGCUUGCCAUCAAAUUGCAUCAGAUCCAAAGCUAAAAAACGGUUACAACGCAAUCGGAUUCUCCCAAGGAUCGCAAUUCCUGCGAGCUGUUGCACAAAGAUGCCCCGAGCCCCGUAUCAAUAACCUAAUAUCGCUAGGUGGACAACAUCAAGGUGUUUUUGGUCUUCCGAACUGCCCUUCCUUGAGUUCGAAAACAUGUGACAAAUUCCGAAAGAUGUUAAACUAUGCGGCAUAUACAAGCUGGUUGCAGAGCUAUCUAGUGCAAGCGACUUAUUGGCAUAAUCCAUUGAAAGAGGAAAUCUAUCGGAAGUCUAGCACGUUUUUAGCCGAUAUUAAUAAUGAGCUCACAAUCAAUCAGACUUAUGUUGAAAAUUUGAAGAAGCUAAACAAGUUUGUUCUGGUGAAAUUUUCGAAUGAUACAAUUGUUCAACCAAUUGACACAGAAUGGUUCCAGUUUUAUACACCCAAUCAGGAUAAAGUAAUUCAACCGUUUGCCGAAAGUAAUGCUGUUAAAAAUUUGGGACUUAACGACUUAGUUGCAUCGAACAAAAUUGUAUUUUUGGAAACGGUCGGAAAUCACUUGAAGUUCACCACCAAAUGGUUCAAAGCAAAUAUACUACCAUAUCUCAACGGUGAUAUUUAAGACAUCGUCGAGGCGAAACAAAUGAAGCCAAAUAUGUUGUAAAUUCUCUUAUAUAUCGAUAUUGAACUGUGCCAUUUGAAGCUUCACUAAACUGUUCACAACAUUGCAUUUUAAAAAGAAGAUUUUUUUACCUAAAAAAGGCAAUCAAGUAAGAAUGCUGUCAAUUAUAUUGGAGUUCCAUUUUGUGCAUUUAUUUUCUGUAGAAAAAUUAUAAUAAAUAAAACUGCACUCGAUAAUUCAUUUUUCUCGGUUUAAACUCAUAAAAUAUUGACACAAUCAAUUUUUUCGGACAAUAAAUGAGUCAUUUUUUUU